AUGUCGGGUCCGAGCUUCAACCGGGUCGAAGCGAUGAACCAGCCUCGUCCGGACGAAUUCAAGCCUCCUCCGGAGUGCCCGGUCUUCGAGCCCAGCUGGGAAGAAUUUCGAGAUCCUUAUGCUUUUAUCAAUAAGAUCCGUCCCAUCGCUGAGAAAACGGGGAUUUGCAAAGUCCGUCCUCCUCCGCUGGUGGCAGACAAGGGGGGGUUCGAUAUUGUCUGUCAGGAGCGGCAUUGGACCAAGAUUGCUCUACAAAUGGGCUUCGCGCCUGGCAAAGCCGUCGGCUCACACCUGCGGGGGCAUUAUGAGAGGAUCCUCUAUCCCUACAAUCUGUUUCUGAGCGGAGCUAACCUGCUGGCACCAGAUCCAGCUUCCAAACUGAUGCGUUUGGAGGCUGAUCCUGAAUUUGAAAAGUGUGUUCAGAAGCCCGUCCAGCCGUCGGAGACCGCUGAGGACAAGGAGCACAAGCUGCAGGACCAGGUUCCCAGGCAGCCUGCCCCGACGCCCGAGGCCUGCCCCAGCGCUCGCAGAGCCAAGCGCAUGAAGUGCGAGGCCACCUGUGUGAAAAUCGAGCCAGGUGAGACGGGCGAGAGCAAGCCGAACCUCCGGCGGAGGAUGGGCUCUUUUGUCAUCAAGCCAGAACCAGAAAAACUGAUCCCCAUUCCAGUGAAACAGGAAUCGGUUGAAAUUAAGGAGCCGAUAAUUGAAGCUGAGAAGUCCAAGUCACGGUACAAGAAGAUGCUUCCUCCCAUUCCUCCCAGUCCGAUGCCCCUUGGCAGGCAGUGCGUGGACCACUACCGCAUGCUGCACCGGUACAACGUGUUCUCGCACGACGAGAUGGUGUGCAACAUGGCCACGAAAGCCGACACGCUCAACGUGGUCCUGGCCUCGGCUGUCCACAGAGACAUGGUCCUCAUGAUCCAAGACGAAAAGAAGCAACGGGACAAAGUGAAGAAAAUGGGCGUGGUGCACUGCAAAGAAGCAAAGUACGACCACCUCCAGGAUGACGAGCGGCAGUGUGCCAAGUGCAGGACCACCUGCUACCUGUCGGCCAUCACCUGCCCCUGUAGCCCCGGAGUCCUGGUGUGUCUGCACCACAUCAGUGACCUCUGCUCCUGCCCCGUCAGCAACUACACACUGAAUUUCAGACACACACUGGAUGACCUAAUCCCCAUGAUGGGCGCCGUGAAGCAGCGAGCUCAGCUGUACGACGCAUGGGCCUCUCGCGUCACGGAGACUUUAGAGGCUAAACUGGAAAAGAAGAAAGGCCUGCCAGUCUUUCGCUCGCUUCUCUCUGAGUCAGAAUCCAACCUGUUCCCCGACAACGACCUGCUGCGCCGGCUGCGUCUCGUCACCCAGGACGCCGAGAAGUGUGCCUCCGUGGCCCAGCAGCUUCUGAACGGCAAGAAGCAGACCAGGUAUCGAUGUGGCAGUGGGAAGUCGCGGAGCCAGCUGACGGUGGAGGAGCUCAGCUCGUUUGUGAGGCAGCUUUAUAACCUGUCCUGCAGCCUCCCUCAGGCGCCCCUGUUGAAAGAACUUCUGAACCGAAUCGAAGACUUCCAGCAGCACAGUGAGAAAGUCCUGGGGGAAGAAGCUCCGAGCGUAGCGGAGAUCCAGAGCCUGUUGGAUGUCAGCUUUGACUUUGACGUGGAUUUACCGGAGCUGCCUCAGCUCAGAGUUAGGCUGGAGCAAGCACGCUGGCUGGAGGGCGUCCAGCAGGCCAGCGCCCAGCCUGCCACCCUCACCCUGGAGACCAUGAGGAGGCUGAUUGACCAGGGAGUGGGACUGGAGCCUCACCCGUCAGUGGAAAAAGCCAUGGCUCGCCUUCAAGAACAGCUCACCAUGUCCGAGCAGUGGGAGGACAAGGCGAGCAAUCUCCUUAAGGCCAGACCACCACACUCCAUAGAGACCCUGAGCGCAGCUGCUGAGAAGACAUCUGGAAUUUCGGCUUACCUCCCCAACUGCCUUCUCCUGAAAGACACCAUAAGAAAAGCACGGGAGUGGCUUCAGGAGGCCGAGGAGCUUCAGGCCAGCGGCUGCACGCUGAGGGUGGACAGCCUGUCCGACAUGGUGUUACGAGGACAAGCCAUCCAAGUCCACCUGGAGCCUUUGGACAGACUGGAGUCUUUAAUGGUGGAUGUGCAGAAAUGGAAGGAAUCUGCAGCAGAAACUUUCCUGGAUAAAGAUUCAGCUCUUACCUUACUAGAGGUAUUGUGUCCAAGAUUGGAUGCUGGAAAUUCAGGUUCUUCAAAGAGGAAGGUGAAGAAAGGGAAAGAGUUGCCGAAAAUCAACAAAAAGAAAACGGCGCGGCUCAACACUCUGGCAGAUGUGGAAAAAGAGCUCUCCGAGAGCAAAGAUUCUACCUCUGCAAAAGCAACUCUGGAGGAGCUGCGUGUGAGGGAAAUGGAAACUUUCUCAAAUCUCAGGGCAGCCAACGAGUCAAAGCUCCUCCCCACAGCGGACUGCAUGGACCUGAAGGUGUGCUUCUGUCAGAAGGCUCCCAUGGGCGCCAUGCUGCAGUGCGAGCUCUGCAGGGACGCCUUCCACAGCGUGUGUGCCAGAGAUCCGCUGGACUCCAGCGAGACGCCGCCGUGGCUCUGCCCGCACUGCCAGCGAGCGGAAAAGCCCCCGCUCAGCAAAGCCCUGUCCCUGCUGGCGUCCCUGCGGUGCACAGACGUGCGUCUUCCAGAGGGCGAGGCCCUCAACUAUUUGGUGGAAAGGACACUGAACUGGCAGCAGCGGGCGCAGCAGCUUUUACAGUCCUGCAACCUCCCAGAACUAGAGGAGAGACCGGGCACUCCGCCCACACUGACCCACUGGGUGUCCGGCUGCGACAACGCCCACAACAACGCUCAGGCACCAUGUUUGACACCAGAAUGGAAUAGGACAAGCCAUGCUCAGACCGUCUUCUACACCGAGCAGAGAUGCAUCCCGCUGCAGGGCUUGAGUCCGGAGCUGGAGGAGCUUAUGGUGGAGGGCCUCCUGCUGCAGGUCUCUCUGCCUCAGGUCCAGAGCCUCUACCACGUCCUGCUGGACAGAGCCAGCAGCCAGCACACAAACAGAUGCCCGUCGCCACCACCGGAGGAGGACACAGACUCUGACAAACACAUGACGUUCAUCUCUCAGGGAACAAAUCUGCCACUGAACCAGGACGGCACCGGCGGCACCAGGGAACCCGUGGCCGGGUCGGAGAGAAAAGCAAAGAGGCAUCAUGAGAGGGAGGGGUCAGAUGCCGAGCGCCGCGUGAAGGACAAAAAGCACUCUCACAAAAGACAGAGGAUGAAUAAGAAGAAGCCCCAGCGCAGGGCAGCCUCCACCUCGUCCUCACCGCGCUCUGACUUCUCCCAGUCGGACGAUUCUGAGGAGGAGAUGGCCGUUUGCCCGGCAGAGAGCUGUCAGCUGCCAGAAGGAGACGAGGUGGACUGGGUCCAGUGCGACGGCAGCUGUAACCAGUGGUUUCACCAGGUGUGCGUCGGGGUCACGGCGGAGAUGGCGGAAAAGGAGGACUACAUUUGUGUCACAUGUACACUGAACGGCGGACACGUGAGAAAGUGA